CAAAGUCGACCAUUCGGUCUGAACGGGUUUCGGUCUUUAGGGCUGAGCAGGAAGUGCUUGAGUGGGAACCCUGUUUGUAAAAAAAAACAGGGGGAGAGGCCAGCAGAAAUAAAAGAUGGAAAUGGUGCCAGACAUGGGGUCGACUCGACUCUAUCGGCCAUCGGGUGAACCGGGUCAUCAUCAGCAGGCCCAGCGAUGGUUCAACGCGGCGGACAUCACGGUGGCCCACCAGAGACACCUGCUGAAGCAGCUGGACCAGCAGCGCUGCCAGGAGCUGUUCUGCGACUGCAGCGUGCUGGUGGAGGGGCAGCUGUUCCGCGCCCACCGCAACGUCCUCUUCGCCAGCAGCGGCUACUUCCGCAUGCUGCUCUCCCCCCAGGGCUCGGACACGGCCUCGGCCACCUUCGACACCUUCAGCCCCGACACCUUCGCCCUCAUCCUGGACUUCAUCUACUCGGGCCAGCUGGACCUGUCCAGCCACAACGUGAUCGAGGUGAUGUCGGCCGCCAGCUACCUGCAGAUGACCAGCGUCAUCAACCACUGCAAGACCUUCAUCAAGUCCUCCCUGGAGAUCAGCGUGAAGGAGGAAGAGGAGGAGCUGGAGGUGGAGAGGGGUGGGGGUGGGGGUAGGGGCGGGGGCGGCAUCCACCUGAUGGAGGCGCAGGGCCCCUUCUCCUGCGGCGACGACGACGACGACGACGACGACGACGACGACGAGAACCUCUCGGACCAGGAGGUCGAUCGUCCUCAUCAUCCGCCCCCUCAUCUCCGUCUCCACCCGCAGGGCGCUCAGACCCCCGCGGGCUCCGUGAGCCCCCCGCCGGCCCUGUGGACCCACGACGGGGCCCACCUCACCAAGCAGGUGUUCCUGCUGAAGGACCCGGAUCAGACGGCGCCGUCGCUGGCCUCCAGGGCCGACGGCGGCGGCGGCGGCGUGAGCCCGGCUCACGCGGGGCUGGAGGAGGCCAACACGGGGGCGGAGGACCCCCUGGACCCCCUGUUCACCGUGUCGGGCCCGGAGCAGCGGCGCAGGAAGAGGGGGGCCCGGAGGACGGGCCCCUACUGCACGCGCUCGUCCACCAACAACGACCCCCCCGAGGUGCAGGAGGCCCGCUCGCAGAAGGCGGAGAAGGCGGAGGAGCUGUACGCCACCCUGCCCACCAUCGUGGGCGUCAUCGGACAGUUCCAUAACGGUGAUAUUUCUGACUCCAACCCCACCAUGCGCUACAAGUGUCCCUUCUGCACGCACACGGUCAAGAGGAAGGCGGACCUGAAGCGCCACCUGCGCUGCCACACGGGCGAGCGGCCGUACCCCUGCCAGGCCUGCAACAAGCGCUUCACCCGGCUGGAACACCUACGCAGCCAUUUUGAAACGAUCCAUCAGGCGCGGAAGCUGGUGUGCAAGAAGUGCAAGUGUCCGCUGACGGAGGAGGCCAGCCACGUGGUGUGCGAGGGCACGCGGCGCUACCGCAUUUGCGCCACGUGCAUCCAGGAGGAAGUGGGCUUCGAAAGCCUUCCCAUGGAGGACAGCCUGGAGGGCCUUGACCAGGAGCCGGCCCUGCUCCUGGGGGUGGACGGCGAGGAGGAGGGGGAGACCCAGAGGUCCUGGCUGACCAGCAUGGAGCAGCAGGAGGAGGAUGAAGACGAGGACAAUCUGGCGGAAGACUCGGGGACCGAUCUCAUCAUCCACGAGGUGGACGACAGCGACGAGGAAGUGCAGUGAACAGAGGCCUGUGUGUGUGUGUGUGUGUGUGUGUGUGUGUGUGUGUGUGUGUGUCAGUGCACACACUGAGGACUGAUGUUCAUGACUGAGGUUUAUAUGCUGUAUCAUCUGGUGAACGAUGAAAAUGCAAAUGUUAACGUAAACUGGUUAGAGCCAAGGGGGGGAAAUAUUAUUUCAGGAUUAAUAUUUUUAAUCCAGUGGAGAUUUUGUGAUUACUUAUAAAUUUAAAGUAUUCAAAGCAUGCACUAGGUACAGUUUUCAUUUCUUAAUACAAUUAUGUUAUUGAAUCAUGCAUGCAAUGGCCUUCCCAAUAAUGAAACUGUUUAGAAGAAAUCCAGGUUUGACAAAAUAUCGAGCGCACUAACGAGAAUGUGCCAAAAUCAAUGAGUUUAUUUAAUAUACACAUUUCUAGUUCAUGUUCCUCUGUGAGACUUUGAUAUCACAGUUUGAGUUAUUGUAUACAUGCUUGAAAGUAUUUAUUAAAAUAUUUUUUUUUAUUACGUUUUUCACAAAUUAAAGAUAUUUUCAUAUUA